UCCUGUCAGCAAACCGGACUAAACGUCACAUUCCUGCAUUCUCAUCCCUGCGAGCGCGAGCGUGCGUGUGUGUGUGAGAGAGGGACGCAGGCUAAUCUCUCCCUCCCGGACACGUCUCUGUCCACGGGAAACACUCAUGACCGGGCGGAUUUAACCCCGGAGGACACCCGGCGAUCCCCGCAGGCCCGAUCGCAGAUCUCCGCUCCCCUCUCUCCCUCCCUCCCCCCACUGGGCUGGUUGCCAUGGAGAGCUCAUCAGUAGCAUCAGCGUCGUCAGAGGCAGGAAGCACGCGCUCACAGGAGAUAGAGGAGCUGGAGCGCUUCAUCGACAGCUACGUGCUGGAGUACCAGGUGCAGGGACUUCUGAGCGACAAAAACGAAACCGACCAGGAUGUGGACAAGACACCGUCCCACAUCUCACAGUGGACAGAAGACUGCAGUGAUAAGAUUGACGGGAGCUGGUCGUCCUCACGGGGCAAGGGCUCGUCCAAACCAGAUGAUUGGGAGCACAGCAGUAAUGGCAGCACCGGUUCUAGACCCAGUUCUGGUUCUCGACCCGGUUCUGGUUCUAGAUCGGGCAGCAGAGGACGAAACAACCAGUUCAGAGCCCCAGCGAAGAAUGGAAACAGAGACUGUUCUUUCGACGUUCUGGGAACGGACAUUUGGGCUGCAAACCUGGACUGUCAUGGAGGCGCUACGUGGGACAUGCAGCCGGAGAAACUGGAUUUCUCACAGUUUCACAGGAGGCCGUACAGAGGGACACCAAAACACCUCCCGCACAUCGACCGAGAGGGGAUGGUAAAGGGCAAAUUUGACGAUGAUGAUGGUAUUGACCUGGACAACAUGGAGAAAUUCCUGCCCAGCCUGCCGCGGCGCAGGAAUUCCUGUGUCACUUUCCCUCUUGGAAUUCCGCCUCAUCAUCCGGAAUGUCGUGACACAGACUCAUGAACAGGAAAAGGGUCACGUUAAUACCAGAGGUGACGGCUUCAGUCAUCCGGCAAUAGUCAGGCUAACAAAGAGCUUUCUCUGUCCGGUGGACGCUAAGUUUAGAAUCACAGAUCUCACACGGGACGCUCCGGCUUUCUUCAAACAGCCUGCAAAUUUCAGAUUUUUUAUUUAUUUAU